AUGAGAGCGACAUCUAUCCUCUACCGCCAGUGCGUGCGACUGACGUUCUUCACGCGACCCCAAUGCGGGCUAUGUGACGAUGCAAAGGAGGUACUGUCCAAGGUGUGGGAUCGAAGGCCGUUCGAGUACGACGAGAUCAACGUGAUGGAAAAACAGUACAAGAAAUGGAGGGGCCUUUAUGCGUUGGACACUCCUGUGAUUCAUUUCGAUGCUACCGAAGAGAACAACUACAGCUUCGAGACGACCACGGCUGCGCGUAAGCUCAAGCACAGGAUCACGGAAGAGGAAGUCGAGUCGGCUAUGGAUGGUGCUUUGAAGACCGCAAAGUGA